AUGAUUAAAGAUUUGAUAAAGAAAGUUGAUCUCUUAGUUGAUCCAUAUGAAUUUAAUACAUCUGAGAAGGAGAAAUCAUUAACUUUAGCAGGUUUAAACUUAUUUUUAUUUAGGUGGGAUCGUUAGCAUAUUAAUGCUAAUAUUUACAUUAUUUUAUAUAGUGGAAAUUGUCUAUCGAUAAAAUCAAAAUUAGAAUUCAAUUUAUGCUGGAACUAAAUCUGAAGAGUUUUCUGACUUGAUUUUGAGCGAAAAUAAUACAAUGUUUGCACUUGAGUUAAAUUCAGAUUAAGGAUCGAUAUUUAACAACAAGAUUAAUCUUUCAAAGUAAAUAAAUAGAUAAUAUCAUUUAGCUAUUUUACAAUUAAUGCAUAGUUUAUUUAAUAAUCAAGAAGUUAAGGAAUCUUUGGAUUUACUCGAAAAAAUAGCUCAAUGACAUAAGAAAAAUGUUCAUAAGAAACUUUAAAAAAAUUCAAUUAUAAUCCUGCAUCUAUAACAGAGGAACAAAAACAAAAUUUAAUAUGUUUUUAAGGAGAUUUUGAAUUAUUAGGAUAAUACAAUGAUCCUUAAUUUUAAUAUAUAAAAUUAGCAGUUGAAAUAUGCAAAAAUGGAACGAGUUAGCAUUGUAAGACUAUUUAAGAGAUUGAAGAUAUGAUAAAAUAAGGGUAGUAUUUUUUUAAAAUUAUAUUUAAAAUAGAAUAAAUGUAAAUUUGUUCAUAAGAGGUUCAAAAAUUAAGAAAAAGUUUGAUCCAAUCACUCCAGAUGAAGUAAGUCCAGUUCUGGUCUAUUCUAAAUUAAUGACUAUAUUGGGAAAUCAUGAAAAUGUUUAUUUGAAACCAAUUUCUUUAGAUAUUAGUAUUUAUAUAUUUGAACAAUUAUAAUAGAAAGAAUUCAAUUUUUUUAUGAUAUGUUUGGAGUAGAAGAAACAGAAUAACUAUUCAAUGGUUUAAUCGUUGAAAAAUAAGAAAGUAGAUAAGAGCCAAUUUCUUUAUCUCCAUCCACAAGUUUAUGUAAUUUUUAUUUAAGGUAACAAAUUUAUUAAUAAAAAUAGAGUUUCUCCUGAAUCUUCUUAUUUUUUUGUUAUUUAAUAAGAUUUAAUUACUAUUAUUUUAUCUGCUGUAUCAGAAGGAACAGCCUUAUUAUUUGCCGCCAUGUAGAUUAUCAAAUUCUUUUAUAAGUUUUAUAGUUAACAUAAAACUUGUGAAGUGCUUAUGAAUUAAAUUUUUAAGUUUGAUAUUACAAGUAUUUAAAAAAGAAGAAUUAAAAAAUAAACUUCAAAGACAUUUUAACAUGUUACUAAUCCAACAAUAGAAGAUAAAGAAAAAUAAUUAGAAUAGGUAUUUUAAAUUAUGUAUUAAUUAGAUUUUAAAACCAACAAUAAAUUAUUCAUUUUUUAAAUAUAUUAAGUAUUUGAUUUAACAUUGUUUUAAAAAAUUUUUGGAUGGAUAAGAAGAUGAAGAAUUAAUUAUUUCUUAAAUAGCUAAAGAAAAGAUAGAAUAUGAUUUAGAUCUAUCAAAUAUUUUAAAAAAGCUAUAUGAAAUAGAUUGCCUAAAAUUAUUUUUAUUUGAUGAUGAUUAAUUGAUGAUUUUUAAUGCGUUUAGUUCUCCAGUAUUUACUGAUUAAAUUGAAGAAUAAAAGAAGAAUUUUUUAGAAAUUGAUGAAAUAUUGAGAUUAGGAGAUCCAAAUUAAUAAGGAGUUGCCUAGCCAAUUUUAAAUUAAUAAAUGGCAAAUCAGUAUAUAUAAUAAUAAUAAUAAUAAGAUUAUAAUCAAAGAUGAGUGCAAGUAUAAAUUCUGGAUUAUUAAACUCUAAAUAAAUUAGAUAGGCUGAUUUUUCCAAUAGUAACAUAAAUUUUAUUCUUAGUUCCAAUUAAUACCAGAUUAGCUAAAAUAAAUUGGUUCUUUAAAUCAUAAUUAUUAGUUGAUGCUAAGAAUCUUAAUUUGAAUUAUGAAAAGAUUUUCAAAAACGAAAAUAUAAAUAAAUAAGCAAAUAAAUAACUAUUAUAAUUUACAAAAUUGAAUAAAAGUUUAUAUGAUCUAAUCAGGUGUAAUGCUAAAAAUUUCCCUUAAAUAAAUGUAAAUCCAAAUAGAUAGAUUACAUAGAAUAAUCAAAUUUUAGAGGAUAUAGAAGAUUAAAAUAAUGAUAAUAAUGAAUAGUAACGAGAUGAUGAAAAUGAUGGUAAAGAAAUAUCUCCUUCAUUUAAAAGAGAUGAUUCUUGA